UCGGCUUUCCCGGGACCACGAUGAACCAGUGGCUGUGCUGCGCCCUCGUGUUCCUGGACAUCUCCAUUAAAUGGACCACCCAGGAAACCUUUCCUCCAAAGUAUCUUCAUUAUGACCCAGAAACCUCUCAUCAGCUAAUGUGUGACAAAUGUCCUCCUGGCACUUACCUAAAACAGCACUGCACAACGAGGCGGAAGACCGUGUGCACCCCUUGCCCUGACCACUAUUACUCCGACAGAUGGCACACCAGUGACGAGUGUCUUUACUGCAAUACCAUAUGCAAGGAGCUGCAGUAUGUCAAGCAGGAGUGCAAUCGCACCCACAACCGCAUGUGCGAAUGUGAGGAAGGGCGCUACCUCGAGGUAGAGUUCUGCUUGAGGCACAGGAGCUGUCCCCCUGGGUCUGGAGUGGUACAAGCUGGAACCCCGGAGCGAAAUACGGUUUGCAAAAGAUGUCCAGAUGGGUUCUUCUCGAAUGAGACGUCAUCUAAAGCACCCUGUAGAAAACACACAAAUUGCAGUGUAUUUGGUCUCCUGCUAACUCAAAAAGGAAAUGCGAUACAUGACAAUAUAUGUUCUGGAAACAGUGAAUCAACUCAAAAAUGUGGAAUAGAUGUCACUCUGUGUGAGGAAGCAUUCUUCAGAUUUGCUGUCCCUACAAAGUUUACACCUAAUUGGCUCAGUGUCCUGGUAGACAAUCUGCCUGGUACCAGAGUAAACGCAGAGAGUGUAGAGAGGAUAAAACGGCGACACAGCUCUCAAGAGCAAACUUUCCAGCUGCUGAAGUUAUGGAAACAUCAAAAUAAAGACCAAGACACAGUCAAGAAGAUUAUCCAAGAUAUUGACCUCUGUGAAAACACUGUGCAGCGACACCUUGGGCAUGCAAACCUCACCUUCGAGCACCUUCACAGCUUGAUGGAAAGCUUACCGGGGAAGAAAGUGGAAACAGAAGACAUUGAAAAAACGAUGAAGGCAUGCAAAUCAGGUGAGCAGAUCCUGAAGCUGCUCAGCCUGUGGAGAAUGAAAAAUGGCGACCAAGACACCUUGAAGGGCCUGAUGCAUGCUCUAAAGCACCUGAAAACGUACCACUUUCCCAAAACUGUCACUCAGAGUCUGAGGAAGACUGUCAGAUUCCUUCACAGCUUCACAAUGUAUAGAUUGUAUCAGAAGCUAUUUUUAGAAAUGAUAGGGAACCAGUUCCAAUCAGUAAAAAUAAGCUGCUUAUAA